AUGCCAUCUGAGGCCUUCGAUGCCGGCCGCUGCCUACCGGAGCGAAGGCCCAUCUUCGAGUCUUUGGGCCGACGCUGGGUGCUGGAAGUGCAUCCCUGGAGCUCGCACCGACUCGCCACGACCAUCACGGCGAUACUUCUCAGAGAUCUGAUUGGGUACCGAGUGGCCUUCAAUCCGACAGAGAACCCACGGGGCCUCUACGAGCGGCUACAGAAGGUAUAUCAAGAGGAGGAGGUGGCACAUGCUCUCCUGCGACGAGGCGAAAGCUUUGGGUAUGCGAACAUGGAAGUUUGGAACACCAGAAUCGAAGCAUCUCCGAGUGUGGCCAUGAUCGAUGCUGGCGCGAUAGGCUAUCACGGCUACAGCGGCUGGUGGGUCUCCGAAGGCUUCGGUCGCAAUGAGAGCUACGCGCUUCCACCCGAAUUCUACCGUGCCUACGACGUCCGUCAUCCUGGCAACCUGCCCCUAUGGGAAGCUCUUCGCAACACAUCCAACGUGAGUUGUUCUUCGCGUUGCUGCUGCGCAGACUGCGCUCGGAGUUGCAUUGCUUGCGACGAAGUGCAUUGGUGUCCCAGUGGUCACGGAGGUCAGGUGCUCCCAGCUGUGCUUGCAAUGCCGGGCGUAGACGAAGGCUUCAACGAGGAGAUUGCACAGAGUCAUGGCUUUCGAUUUGGACUCCGCUAUCUCCGCCCACGCCGCUACGCACAGCUUGCCAUGGAGGCGCUGUCGACCGGUGCUCCUGCCAUCGUGCACAUGUGGCAUCCCUCGCAGCUCUAUACGCGCCUGCGGCUGCUGCAGAUACCUGUUCUGCGGCUGACCCUGCCCAGGGAUCAAUGCGUCUCCGACGGUCUCGAUGCCCCGCACUGGUCCUGUGACUUCCCGGAGCAAGAAAUGCGAAAGUUCUUGUCCAUGGACGCCAAUGCCGAUUCGGUCGCCAUGAACUUCUUCAGUCAGUUCGCUUUGCGGCAGCGCCAGGGCUCAGGCCACCGGGGCCUGGGCCAAAACCAAAGCUUGGAGGGCGCUGGGAUGGAAGAGCUGCUCGGCGCCCUGCUGGGCCCGGGCGAGGAACGGCCCAGUGACCAGGACGUCGUCCGUGUCGCUUGCAGUUGGAUCCUCGACAACGAGGCAGAGUGGUCCACCUGGGCAAAGCCUCGAGAAGUUCCCUUUUAUGCUGACACAUUAAACUCUUGGUAUCCGUUUCCGUCGUUGGCUGCCUUGCUGCUCCUUGCCGUUGGGACGAUGACACUUCUGGAGAAUGCUUGCUUGUCGACUACAUUAAGUGUGAAAGAAUGGCGGCGGAUUUUGAACAAGAAUGGGGCAGUUUGGCGAAGCGAUGUGGAGCUGAAGCUGCGGAAGAACCUCGGGGACAGUCCAGUCAGCCCAGCGAGCGGGAGCGCAAGUCCACGAAGGAUGUCAGCAUCCCAGGCCCAGGUCUCCUUGAAGGACUGGGAAGGCUUGGCAGAGAAAUCCCUGCGACGAGCCAGCGAGUUCUGGAAGCGCGCGGAUCGCUGGGUGACCGAAGCUCGCCAGUGGCGAAGGCCGCCAGACUCGGACGCCGUCUCCAGGCAAGCUGAGACCGGGACCGGCGGGCUCCAGGAGGAGGCGAGCUUUGUAAGCUUCGCACACCACAGCUUCCCCUGCUUCCAGCAUUCCAAAGAAGCGGUGGUGUUUCUGCGACGCUCCAGGCAGGAAUCUGGCUUGGAAGUGGAAGUUGUGGUGGAAGCCAGCGAGGGUGGCGCAAAGGCGGACAAGGACUUUUAUCCUCAGAGCCACGCCGUUGUUUUUCUGCCUGGCCAGAACGAAGCAGUGCUUCGGAUACCCGUGGUUCACCACCAGGACUGUUGGCAGAACUCCUAUUGGUUCCAGGCUCGACUUGGGAGCCUGCGGGGCCCGGGCGGGCCCAUGGCCGUAAAAGCAGCCCCAGCCAAAGCAACGAUUUGGGUCUUUGACGAGGACACGUGGCCAGCCAACAUCCCUGCUCAUAUGCGGACCGGCAAGGGCAUCAGCUUGAUGAGGUACUUUAUCAAAGCGGACCGGAGCAGGAGAGGGGAGAAGUGGACCAAGACGAUGAUCGCCAUGGUCUUCUUGCCGGUGCACUCAGUGCUUGUCUCCACCCUCGUGCAAAAGACGCUAGUCGACCAUGCAAUUGGUCGGUUAAUCGGCUUGAACUCCACCUGGGGGUAUCUGGAAUGCUUGUUGUUGGUCCUAGUUCAGCUCCUGAGCCUGGGCCUGAACCGCUGGGCCGACGUGGUGCAGACCCGGAACCGUGGCCGCACCGGGGGCAUCCGCCAGGCGCACCGGUCGGACAUGAUCCGGAAGUUCAUGCACCUGGAACGCAACGAGUACUGGGAGGCAUCCGAUGCAGACUGGCUCUAUGCAGCCAUCUACGAUGUCGAUAUCAUCACCGGCAAAGCGUAUUUCCAAGUCUUCGUUCUCGCACAGAGCUGCUUUGCCCUCCUCCUUUCGGUGCUGCUAGUCACCGGACUGGCAGUGUGGAGCUACCUGGAGCAGGCCACGGAUGGCGCCUCUGCCUUCGUCGGGGUCCAAACAGCAUGGUACGUCACCGGUGUCUUGGCCAUGAUCGUGGCUGGCUUCUUUGGUGUAUGGAUCCGGAUGAAGAUCAUAUGGGUGGCCGUGCUGGCGAGAAAGAAGCAAGAAUGCCGCUGGUUCAAAUCAUGUGUUUGGGUCUUCACGAGCUGGCGGCAGUUUACGGGGUUAAUGCAAUCCGAGAAGGCGAAGAUCGAAGCGCGCGUUCAGUCGCAGAAUGCUGCCUUCGUUCCCGCUCACUGGGAUGCACGCGAUGCAAUGAAUGACACGGCUUGGAUUACGCAUUGGAUUCAGGGUGUGGCAUACUGCCUGAUGCUUGCAUUUGGCUCCUUUGCACUGGCAGAAUACCAAACCUAUGGCAUCGGCGCCAUGGAGGUGGGCACCUUCUAUGCUCUCUGCAAGAUAUAUUUGAGUGUGGGAAAGUAUAUUGGUCGCCUGAGCAAUACCUUCGUCAACAUGCAACAGGCCAUCGUUUCUCUGAGAGACGUGGCGGCACUCCUGAAUCAAACUUGCCAGAGGUCACAGCGACAAGAGGCACUUCGCCUCGGCAAACUUCGGAGCUACAAAAGCCGGCCUGGGACGCUCAGCGGCAUCCUGCGCUUCCAAGACAACCUCUGCUUCAUGCGGCCCGAGCACUUCAAGGUAGGCUCGACCUUCUCGGAACUUCGGCUUCGAAAAGGCUGUUGUCUGCCACUCGGGCGUGCAAUCCAUGUGUCCGCAAGGAACGAGCGUGUCUUGCGGAGCUUUCUUGGCCUCGCUGCGCAGGUCAUCCUCCCCACCGGACCUUUGGGCGAGGAAGCAUCGCUGAAGACACCUUCGGUGCUGGUCCCACCGGGCCUGACACUGAAGAUGCUCCCCACUGUGCCUGUGACUUUCGGAACUGGGCCCUCGACCUUGGAGCAGCUAAGUUUCACGGGCGCACCUCUGGAGCUCUGCGAAGCGCUGCUGGCAGCAGUGGGCCUGGACAAAGAUCGCGAGCCCCAAAGCCUGGGCCCGGGAUCCUCCCAGGCACGGCUCCGCACCUCGACAUCCUCUGCAGAAACAUGA